AAUGGGCUUCCGGGCUGCGCCGCCGGCCGGGAGCGGGAGGCGGAAGUGCCGCGGGCCGCCGCCUCCGUCCCGGCUGCGGCCCCUGCCGGUUACAUAACUCGUUGCGGGCUCCUCGCGGCCCCACUUCCUGGCUCCCUGCGCUUCCAGGAUGCGCUGAGCCCUACGACACCCUCAGCGGCCGCCGGCUCCCCCACGAGGUGUGAAUGACAGAGGUGGUACCAUCCAGCGCGCUCAGCGAGGUCAGCCUGCGCCUCCUCUGCCACGAUGACAUAGACACUGUGAAGCACCUGUGUGGCGACUGGUUCCCCAUCGAGUACCCAGACUCAUGGUAUCGUGAUAUCACAUCCAACAAGAAGUUCUUCUCCCUUGCUGCAACCUACAGAGGCGCCAUUGUGGGAAUGAUAGUAGCUGAAAUUAAAAACAGGACCAAAAUACAUAAAGAGGAUGGAGAUAUCCUAGCCUCCAGCUUCUCUGUUGACACGCAAGUUGCUUACAUCCUGAGUCUGGGCGUCGUGAAGGAGUUCAGGAAGCAUGGCAUCGGUUCCCUCUUACUUGAAAGUUUAAAGGAUCACAUAUCAACCACUGCCCAGGACCACUGCAAAGCCAUUUACCUGCAUGUCCUCACCACCAACAACACAGCAAUAAACUUCUAUGAAAACAGAGACUUCAAGCAGCACCACUAUCUCCCCUAUUACUACUCCAUCCGAGGGGUCCUCAAAGAUGGCUUCACCUAUGUCCUCUACAUCAACGGCGGCCACCCUCCCUGGACAAUCUUAGACUACAUCCAGCAUCUGGGCUCUGCGCUAGCCAGCCUGAGCCCCUGCUCCAUCCCACACAGAGUCUACCGCCAGGCCCACAGCCUGCUCUGCAGCUUCCUGCCAUGGUCAGGCAUCUCUUCCAAGAGUGGCAUCGAGUACAGCCGGACCAUGUGAUGUUGGCUGGGCAGCCGCCACCAGGCCCCACCCCUCGGCCCCCUGCAGAGCCUGCCUUCCUGUCUGUCUGACCCCUGCUGUCUUCUGCAAGGAGUUGGUGGCUACCUACCGGACUCGUCGGCCUGCCCCAGCUGCAGGCCCGGUGCUACACGGGCUCGGGAACAGAACGUCAUGGGCACACACAGAGUGUGCCCAUCCCUCGCAGGCUCUCCAGCUUUCCUUCCUGCUUUUGGAAACCUCUGCCUCUGCCCGCUGCCCUGGCCUUGCCUCCCUGCACAUGCACCAUCCCCAGGGCUGACCCGGUGUGGCUGCAUUCACUGGAAAGGGACUGCCCUCACUGGGCCUCUCUCACUCUGCUGCCUGUUCCUGCAGCUCCAUCCUGCAAAGCCAGAGGGGACUUUGUGCUGUGAGGGAGGAACGCAAGUAUUGUGGACACUCUUGACCCUAAAGGCACAGGAGCCUUGCAACAAGAGGGCGCAAUAAAGGGAAUGCCAGGUCCCCCUCCAGAGCCAGCCCAAAGAAGACUGGAGGAUGGGGAGUGGCCCCCGCUCCUCCAUAAGUGGCUGAUGAGGGGUGGGCAGCCUGGGGGAGGCUUUUCAUGCAAGCACAGAGCUCUGAUGCUCAGCCCCCCUCCACAGGUGGUAACACACCGGGACAGUUCCCGCUCCUCAGUACCUUAUGUACAGUGUCCAGUGCCCUGGAAGGUCACACUGCCCAUCGGACCAUGGCAUGCUCCAUUCAGCUGACCUGCUGAGAGCCAGGCUGAGGACAGACGCCACUGAGACUCCCUGGGUCCUCCCCACCCUCCCUUGUGCUGCCAUGAGCUGCUGCAGACAGGAGGAAGCUGAGCUCAACAUUGGGCCUCAAGGCUGCCAUGUGCCUCAUAGGGCCCAGCCUUGUGGAUGGGGGCAGUCCUGUGCCUUGUGUGCCCUCAGCCUGCCAAAGGCAGAGAGACUGUCAGUGCCGGGGGUGUAUCACAUGUUUCUAGCAUCCUCUCCCCGCUGCAUCUCCCAAAUCCCUGCUUGCCUGCCCUGCCCUCCAGAGCAGGGGUGGGGUGGGGCAGAGUCCUGCCCAGCGUAACUACAGUGUCACAAAGCCAUGGCAGAGGGUCCUAGCAGUGCCGGCCUCCCCCAGCCUGAGGAAAAGGGGGAGGGAGGGGAAGGAACAACCUGGGCAGGCGGGGCCUUGGGGACCUGAGUUCCUCCUCCAGAGCUGCCCAGCGAGGGGCUCUCGGGUGCUGGGGCAGCCCAAGGUCCUUUCCUGGCCUCAGCUGGGGCCAGGGGCCCUUGAAAUGAAGGCAGGCCCCAGGCAGGAGCAGCAUUCCCCUCCCUGACGGUGCUGGCAGGAGGUUCCUGCUGUGCUGUGCUGAGCUGACUGGCCUGAACCUCUGCUGAGGCUGCCUCCCUGCCAGGCCCAUACAGCACCGUCCACUGCGAAUCAGCACCGAUCACGUGAUUUCUGUUUCUGCCCUACAGGGUAAGGGAUGAGUCUUCUGGAAGGCUCUGCCGGGGACUUUUGUCCACACCCUGCCCUGCGCCUGCCCCUAAUCACUGCAGUGUCCAGCCCAGUGUUGAACAGAUUGUAGUGUUCUGGUUCAUUACGAGCAAAUAAAUAGACUUAUCGGAGUUGGUCACA